AUGACUUACCAGAGGCCUGGAAAGUUCCGUCCUGCUCCGACGGAGCACAGUGCAGAGUGGGGUGGGAAGAUCACGGGUGCUAGUGUAUACGACACCCAGGGUGGCUACGGGCACCUUAACGUCGUACUUAAAACCUAUGUCCUGGAGAGGCACGGUGAGGCACAAUGGAAAUCAAUUUUGAAAGAGGUUAACCAUAGUGGGCAGUUCCAGUCUUCUGAGAAACAUGACGACGCACUUACACAGAAGUUUAUAAACGCGGCGGUCCAUACCCUAGGUCUUAAACGGGAUGCCUUUCUUACAUUGGUCGGAGAGUUCUUUAUGGAGUUUUUGAAUAAGAACUCCUAUGACGAGCUUAUCCGAAACCUAGGCUCCAACACGCUUGACUUCGUUCAGAAUCUUGACUACGUACAGACGUAUCUGAAGGAAGAAUACCAGGAGGAGGUGAUGCCAAGCUUCCGGUGUGAGGGAGAUUCGGUUUCCGACAGGAUGACGCUUCACUACUACUCGGUCCGACCCGGAUAUAUUUGUUUUAUCACAGGGUUCCUAACCGCCGUAGCCAAGUCCCAGUUCGGUAUGCAGCUGACCACGAGUAUAAUAUCCAUUACUGCAGAGUCAGUAGCACAGGAGAGCGGAUACAGAGAACAUGUCAUCAUAAACAUCCUUGCCAAGAAGCCGGAAGAAAAACCUGACACGGAAGGCCCCCCUACAUUUGUAGCUCAAACACCAAAGAACGCGGAACGCCAGAUUCUUAAAACGGACGUGGAUGCAGUUCGUGCCCGCCUGGAAGAGAUCCUCAGGACUCAGGGAGAGGACGCACUCCCUCUCAACAAGUACCGUAGCGCAAAGGCGAAGUGGAAGGCCAUCGCAAAGAUCAGUCUCUUUUCCAGGGGAUUCGUGGCCAGCUAUCCUCAUCAGAGUGCAAUCAACCCCAAAAUGUUUAUAGAUGUCUUCCCGUACCAUCUAGUAUUUGACUCUGAUAUGAAACUGUACCAGACAGGCGUGCGACUACAGAAGAUGAUGCCGUCUAUUAGAAGCAGGAUGGCUAAGGUCACAGACUUCUUCACUCUCAAGUAUCCAAGAUGUACCGACUUCACUUUUGAAAACAUCAAGAAUUUCAUAAUGUGUCCAUUUAUCCUGGAAGUACAGAAAGACCGAUUGGCCAAAGACUUUUUGCAUUAUGGUCCAUUCCAGGUUAAAGGUCAGAUGUUCUUCCUGAUGGAUAGAAACUUCUUUUUCUUCAUCUGCUCCCCGGUAGUAAGAUCAUGGCCAGAUCUUGAGAAGCGGGAUAUGAAAAUGGCCGACAUACCUAUCUGGGACGCAACACGUGACUUCUUAUUGACUGACCUCACAUACAGAAUAGCUGCUGGUCAAACGACAGUGGUACAACAGGAUACCACACUACUGUUGGAGCAACAGAGGUUGAUGGCGUUAAGUAUAGAAGACAAAGAACAUGUGACCCGCCUACAGAAGGACCUAAAUAGUGAGAAAAACAGAAACGACAACUUGUACCAUGCCUUCCUCCCUCGACAAUUGGCAAACAUGAUCAGGGAAGGCAGAGUCUACCAAGGAGAAUAUUUUCCUGAGAUGACGGCCCUGUUUUGUGACGUAGUACAGUUUAUAAACCUGGUGUCUAACUGUAAGCCUUCGGACGUAGUAGGGGUCCUCAACUCGUUGUACACGAGGUUUGACAAGGUCACGAAAGUCCAUGACACUUACCGGGUGGAAUCUAUUGGUGACGCUUACUUCGUGGUGGCUGGAGUACCAGAAAAGAUCGACAACCACGCGGAGAGAAUCGCAAACACCGCCCUAGGGAUGAUGCACCUGUCCCAUGAAGUGGCAAACCCUAUGACGGGUGGGAAGAUCAUGAUACGAAUCGGCAUACACACCGGCUCUAUGGUUUGCGGUGUCGUCGGAACACGGCUACCCCGUUUUAUUGUUCUGGGUGAAACAGCUGUAGUUGCCUCUAAAAUGGAAAGUCACGGUGAACCAGGGAAGAUUCACAUCAGCCCGUCAACAUACAGGCUCCUGAAAGGUAAAGGCUUUACGAUGGAGGACAGAGGGCGAAUCGAACUGAGAGGUUUUGGACCGAUCGGGACAUUCUUUCUGACUGGCAACGAACACGCAGCAGAUGAUGACCUCGUAGGUAGGUCAAAAUUGACCAAUCAGGACAUCGCUUUCAUCAACGAAGGUCAUGCACAUGAUCACAAGAAAGCUAACCAGACACCGUCCUCUGGAGUUGGAAGCCGACCUCCUACCGGAGACAGCGAGUUUGCAACCUUUGCUUACUGA